CAGCCCGGCUGGGCGCGGGCGGAGCGGACGGCGCAGCUGUCAGUCCCAGCCUAAGGGUCGCUGGAGGCGCGCAGGCCGGCUCGGCUCCGGCCCCGGAUGAUGCGGCGUGCCCAGGAUGCUCCCGCGCCUCGUAGUGCUGCUGGCGGCGUUCCUCAGUCGCCGUCUUGGCUCAGACGCUCAUGGGACAGAGCUGCCCAGCCCGCCAUCUGUGUGGUUUGAAGCAGAAUUUUUCCACCACAUCCUCCACUGGACACCCAUCCCAAAUCAGUCUGAAAGUACCUGCUAUGAAGUGGCACUCCUGAGGUAUGGAAUAGGGCCCUGGAACUCCAUCUCCAACUGUAGCCACGCCCUGUCCUAUGACCUUACCGCGGUGACCUUGGACCUGUACCGCAGCAAUGGCUACCGGGCCAGAGUGCGUGCUGUGGACGGCAGCCGGCACUCCAACUGGACCAUCACCAACACCCGCUUCUCUGUGGAUGAAGUGACUCUGACAGUUGGCAGUGUGAAGCUAGAGAUCCACAAUGGCUUCAUCCUUGGGAAGAUUCAGCCCCCCAGGCCCAAGAUGGCCCCUGCAAAUGACACAUAUGAAAGCAUCUUCAGUCACUUCCGAGAGUAUGAGAUUGCCAUUCGCAAGGUGCCGGGAAACUUUACGUUCACACACAAGAAAGUAAAACAUGAAAACUUCAGCCUCCUAACCUCUGGAGAAGUGGGAGAGUUCUGUGUCCAGGUGAAACCAUCUGUCACUUCCCGAACUAACAAGGGGAUGUGGUCUAAAGAGGAGUGCAUCUCCCUCACCAGGCAGUAUUUCACCGUGACCAACGUCAUCAUCUUCUUUGCCUUUGUCCUGCUGCUCUCCGGAGCCCUGGCCUACUGCCUGGCCCUCCAGCUGUAUGUGCGGCGCCGAAAGAAGCUGCCCAGGGUCCUGCUCUUCAAGAAGCCCAACGCCUUCAUCUUCAUCAGCCAGCGUCCCUCCCCAGAGACCCAAGACACCAUCCACCCACUUGAUGAGGAGGCCUUCCUGAAGGUGUCACCAGAGCUGAGGAACUCGGACCUGCAUGGCAGCACGGACAGUGGCUUUGGCAGUACCAAACCAUCCCUGCAGACUGAAGAGCCCCAGUUCCUCCUCCCUGACCCUCACCCCCAGGCUGACAGAACGCUGGGAAACGGAGAGCCCCCUGAGCUGGGCGACAGCUGCAGUAGUGGCAGCAGCAAUAGCACGGACAGCGGGAUCUGCCUGCAGGAGCCCAGCCUGAGCCCCAGCACUGGGCCCACCUGGGAGCAGCAGGUGGGGAGCGACAGCAGGGGCCAGGAUGACAGUGGCAUUGGCCUAGUUCAAAACUCUGAGGGCCAGGCUGGGGACACACAGGGUGGCUCAGCCUUGGGCCACGACAGUCCCCCAGAGCCUGAGGUGCCUGCGGAACAAGACCCAACUGCUGUGGUAUUCCGGGGCUACCUGAGGCAGACCAGAUGCGCUGAGGAGAAGGCAACCAAGACAGGCUGCCUGGAGGAAGAAUUGCCCCUGACAGGUGACCUUGGGCCCAAAUUCAGGGGAUGCCUGGAUGACGAAGCAGGCUUGCAUCCACCAGCCCUGGCCAAGGGCUAUUUGAAACAGGAUCCCCUAGAAAUGACUCUGGCUUCCUCGGGGGCCCCAACUGAACAGUGGAACCAGCCCACUGAGGAAUGGUCACUCCUGGCCUUGAGCAACUGCAGUGACCUGGGAACAUCUGACUGGAGCUUUGCCCAUGACCUUGCCCCUCUAGGCUGUGUGGCAGCCCCAGGUGGUCUCCUGGGCAGCUUUAACUCAGACCUGGUCACCCUGCCCCUCAUCUCUAGCCUGCACUCUAGUGAGUGACUCGAGCUGAGAGGCUGCUUUUGGUUUUAACCAUGCCUGCUCCUCUGCCUGGACCCGGAGGAGGGGCAACCAAGGCCAAAGUAAGGCACAAGGCAGUCUGGGUGCUUUUCUGCAAGUCCACUGGGGAUGGCCCCAGUCAGGCCCUGCAGGGCUGGUCAGAAUGCCUGGGGCAGGAGGAGGUCAACUCACUGAACUAGUGCAGAGUGUGGGGGGCACUGACCCGUUCUGUUGACUGGGGCCCUGCAGACUCUGGCAGAGCUGAGAGAGGCAGGGACCUUCUCCCUCCUCGGAACUCUUUCUUGUAUCAUAAAGGAUUAUUUGCUCAGGGGAACCAUGGGGUUUUCUGUUGUGGUGAGGCCGCCAGGUUGAAGUCAGCUCAGAGCCAGACCUCCAAGCUUACGCCACCCAAGCAUCAGGGCCUCCAGCAGGAAGAAGGGCUAUGGGAAUGGAAGCUUCAGGGCCUUGCUGCUGGGGUGGUUUUUAGGGGAAAAAGGAGGAUAUGGAGGCCGAGUUUGAUCUCUGGGGUGGUCACAUGGGUUCCCCCCAUCAGGCCUCUGAGGCAGGAAGCCUGUCACUGGAAGAUCUUAAGGUAUAUAUUUUCUGGACACUCAAACACAUCAUAAUGGAUUCACCGGGGGGAGACAAAGGGAGCUGAGACCCCAGGUGGGGCUUCCAGCUCAGAACCCAUCCCUCUGGUGGGUAGCUAUGGUGCCCACCUGCAAAUAUCUCCCCCUCUUCAGCAAAUGGAGUGGCAUUCCCCUGGGGCACUGGCUGUGGCCAAGCCACUCACAUCCCCACCCUGCUGCCGCACCAUCUUGCUGACAAGUUCCAGAGAAGCCGUGGUUUUUUGUAUUGGUCAUAUCAGCCCUUUGGGCAGCCUCUGGGCUUGGGCACCAGCUCAUGCCAGUCCCAGAGAGUCAGGGUUGGAGGUCUGUGCUUGUGUUUGCUGCUAAUAUCCAGCUACAGACCCAGAGGAUAAGCCACUGGGCACUGAGCUGGGGUCCCUGCCUUCUUGGUGUUCAGCUGUGUGACUUUGGACUAGCCACUUGUCAGAGGGCCUCAAUUUCCCCUUCUGUGAAAUAAGGACUCCACCUUUAGGGGGUCCUCCAUGUUUGCUGGGUAUUAGCCAAGCUGGCCCUGGGAAAAAGUAGAUACUGUCCAUGGACUACCAAGCCGGCUUGUUUCUCAUGCCAGGGGCUAACAGAUCCAGUGGGAGUCCAUGGUGUCAUGCCAAGACAGUAUCAGACACGGCCCCAGAAGGGGGCAUUAUGGGCCCUGCCUCCCCAUAGGCCAUUUGGAAUCUGUCUUCAAACAAAGGCAGUUCAGUCCACAGGCAUGGAAGCUGUGAGGGGACAGGCCUGUGCGUGCCAUCCAGAGUCAUCUCUGAGCCCUGCCGUUCUCUGGAGCAUUCUGAAAACAGACAUUCUGGCCCAGGGAAUCCAGCCACGACCCCUACCCCUCUGCCAGAGUGCUCUUAGGUGCCAGUCUGGCAACUGAACUCCCUCUGGAGACAGGCUUGAGGGAGGAUUCCUCAGGGUUCCCUUGAAAGCUUUAUUUAUUUAUUUUGUUCCUUUAUUUAUUGGAGAGGCAGCAUUGCACAGUGAAAGAACUCUGGAUAUCUCAGGAGCCCUGAAGUUCUAGCUCUGACUCUGCUGUUCCCAGGGACGUGACCUUGGGGAAGUCACUUAUCCUCUUGCAGCCUCAGUUUCCUCAUCUGCAAAAUAAUGACUGACUUGUCUAAUCCAUAGGGAUGUGAGGUUCUGCUGAGGAAAUGGGUAUGAAUGUGCCUUGAACACAAAGCUCUGUCAAUGAGUGAUACAUGGUUUUUAUUCCAAUAAAUUGUCAAGACCACAGGAA